AUGUCCAACAGAAGCUCCCUCAACAAGUUCCUCCUCCUGGCAUUUGCAGACACGCGGGAGCUGCAGCUCUUGCACUUCUCUCUCUUCCUGGGCAUCUACCUGGCUGCCCUCCUGGGCAACGGCCUCGUCAUCACAGCCAUAGCCUGUGACCACCGCCUCCACACCCCCAUGUACUUCUUCCUCCUCAAUCUCUCUGUUCUUGACCUUGGCUCCAUCUCCACCACUGUCCCCAAAUCUAUGGCCAAUUCCCUGUGGAACACCAGGGCCAUUUCCUACUCGGGAUGUGCUGCCCAGGUCUUCCUGUUUUUCUUUUCAGUUGGAGUGGAGUGUUCUCUCCUCACUGUCAUGGCCUAUGACCGCUAUGUUGCCAUCUGCAAACCACUGCAAUACUGGACCAUCAUGGACAGCAGAGUUUGUGUCAAAAUGGCAGCAGCUGCCUGGGCCAGUGGGUUUCUCUAUGCUCUCCUGCACACUGGAAAUACAUUUUCCAUACCCCUUUGCCAAGGCAACACAGUGGACCACUUCUUCUGUGAAAUCCCCCAGAUCUUCAAGCUCUCCUGUGCAGACUCCUACCUCAGGGAAGUUGGGCUUAUUAUGGCUAGUGCCUGUUCAUUCUUUGGGUGCUUUGUUUUCAUUGUGCUGUCCUAUGUGCAGAUCUUCAGGGCUGUGCUGAGGAUCCCCUCUGAGCAGGGCUGGCACAAAGCCUUUUCCAUGUGCCUCCCGCACCUGGCUGUGGUCUCCCUGUACAUCAGCACUGGCAUCUUUGCCUACCUGAAGCCCCCCUCCGUCUCCUCCUCAACUCUGUAUCUGGUGGUGGCUGUUCUGUACUUGGUGGUGCCUCCAGCACUGAACCCCCUCAUCUACAGCAUGAGGAACAAGGAGCUCAAAGAUGCACUGAAGAAACUGAUUCAGCUGGUCCUAGUUCAGAAGAAGCAAGCUGCCCAUCCCCCUUCACAGUUGGCUUCUAAUUUUUCUGAAAAAGCUCCUGUGCUUUGGGCAUUCUCUCUGUGA